GCCUGGAGCGGGGGAAGGAGGGAGAGGCCGGGACGAGCGGGGGAGAGACUCGGAGAGGGGCGGCGGGCGAGCCGCGCUCGGAAGCCGGGAGCAGCGAGGUGGGGGCGGAGACGAGGAAGUGGGUGCGAGGCGCGGGGCGCGGGCGGGGCGCUCCGCCGGCUCCAUCCCUGCCCGGAGCGCAGCCGGCGCGGGCGCAGCACCGAGGCGAGCACGGAGCAGAGCCACGCUCGGCCGCAGCAGCAGCCCCAGCUCACGCUGUCCAGUGGCCCAAGAGGGAGACGUGGCACUGUUUGAGCCCUGUAGAUGGGAGCAGCUGCCAGCUAUGGAGAAGGGCAUAGGCAUGUCCACACAUGAUCCCUCCUGCAUAAAAACAAAGCCCCUCCAGACACAUCCCCAGUGCCUCAGGCUCUAUGCAAAACCUGGAGAGUGGAGGAGAACUGCUUCAGUCCUGGGAGAAAGCUGGCUCUGCAUGAGGCGAUUUGAGGACUAAAGUUUCAACAAUGAACUUCCCUCUUCAUUCAUACUCAUCCCCAGCACCUCCUAGGAGUCUGCUUUAUUUAUUCUAGAAAAACAACACUGGGUCAGUCAUCGUAGCUUCCCCACAUCUGGACACUUGGCUCUGUUGAGGGCCUAGAGCCAGUGGUUGACAUAAUUGACAUAUUGGGGAACUGGACAAGAAACAAGCAGGGGCUGUGGGCAGAGCAAGGAGCUGCAGGGUCCCAGGAUGGCGCCCAAUGGCACCACCUCUUCCUGUUGUCUGGAGUCAACCCCGGUCAGGAUCACUGUCAGCAUCAUCCUCACUGUCCUCAUCCUCAUCACUGUCGCCGGCAAUGUGGUGGUCUGCCUGGCUGUGGGCUUGAACCGCCGGCUCCGCAAUCUGACCAACUGCUUCAUCGUGUCCUUGGCUGUCACUGACCUGCUCCUCGGCCUCCUGGUGCUGCCAUUCUCAGCCUUCUACCAACUGUCCUGCAAGUGGGACUUCGGCAAGGUCUUCUGCAACAUCUAUACCAGCCUGGACGUGAUGCUCUGCACGGCCUCCAUCCUCAACCUCUUCAUGAUCAGCCUUGACCGGUACUGUGCCGUCACGGACCCCCUGCGCUACCCUGUGCUGGUCACCCCAGUCUGGGUUGCCAUCUCCCUGGUCUUAAUUUGGGUCAUCUCCAUCACCCUGUCCUUCCUGUCUAUCCACCUGGGGUGGAAUAGCAGAAACGAGACCAGUGGGGUCAGUCAGUCCAUCCCAAAGUGCAAAGUCCAGGUCAACUUAGUGUAUGGCUUGGUGGAUGGGCUGGUCACCUUCUACCUGCCUCUGUUGGUCAUGUGCAUCACCUACUACCGCAUCUUCAAGAUCGCCCGGGACCAGGCCAAGAGGAUCAAUCACGUCGUCUCCUGGAGGACAGCCACCAUCAGGGAACACAAAGCUACGGUGACGCUGGCCGCCGUGAUGGGGGCCUUCAUCAUCUGCUGGCUCCCCUACUUCACUGUGUUUGUCUACCGUGGGCUGAAAGGGGAUGAUGGCAUCAACGAGACCCUAGAAGCUGUGGUCCUGUGGCUGGGCUAUGCCAACUCGGCCCUGAACCCUAUCCUGUAUGCUGCACUGAACAGGGACUUCCGCACAGCAUACCAGCAGCUUUUCCACUGCAGGCCCACCCGCUGCAAGGCUCAUGGAACUUUUCUGAGGACCAACAGCUCUCAGCUGUCUAGGGAUGAAAGCCAAGACCCCGAACAGCAGGAAGAGAAGCCCCUGAAGCUGCAGGUGUGGAGUGGGACAGAUAUCAUGGACCCCCGGGGAGCCACAGACAGGAAGCCAGCGCUGUCCGGCGCCUUGUGCCCCGGCAACCUUCUGAGCUGCUGCAAGAGCCUGUGGGGGCUGGGGUUCCUCCAGAGACCUGUGGGAGGCCCCUCGAAGGAGCAGCCAGGGGAGCCGCUGUCUGAGGAGCCACUGAGGACACCGCCCACAAAGCGGUGAGGACACUGCCCUCAGAGGCUGUGUAGACCUGGCCCCAGGACACUGAAGAUACUGCUCUUAGUCACCAAGAUUUGACUCCUGGAGCCACUAAGGACCCAGCAGCCCUCAAAGCCACCAAGAACACAUCCUCACCUGAGUCUAGGGACUUCCGGAGCACACAGUGGGGUGCUGGAGUCCUCAGGCCUAGGGAACAACCUAUUCUGUACUCAGCCUUCCCAGGCAGAGGUUCAGGACUCCCCUGAGCCCAGGUCUGCCAGGUCCAGUGGGUUCAAAGCUCAUGCUGGCACUGGCCCUGAGUCAUGAGCAGAGGUGGCUGGACAGUCAGGGGUGUGUACACAUGUGUGUGCAUGGAUUUGUAUGUGCAGGGGCACAUGUGUCCUCUGAGCACAGCAGGCCCAGAGGGUGUUGCUAUCAGGUGCUGGCUUCUCACUCCCUGGUAGGUUCUGCAGGAUGAAAGAAAGGGAGGAGAGGGAAGGGGAAGGAGGGAAAUGAGCCUUUACUGAACCCUACUGCGUGUCGGGGACUUUGCCUGCACCCUUACAAAGUAGAAAAUAAGGUUCAGAGAAGUAUGGGGCCUGCUGGGCCUCCUGGAACAUGCACCUGGCUCAUAGAGGCACUCAAGAAAUAGUUGAUGAAUGAAUGAAUGAACGAAUGAAUGGAAGGAUGGAUGAAAAGCCAGGUCUCAAGCUUCUGCUCUUGACAUGACACUGUACUGCCUCUCAGGAGAGAGGCCAAGAUAUUUCCCUGGCUCAGCCUACCCUCCUCCUAGCGAGGCUCCGACCCAGAGCUUGGGGGUCCCUUCAUGCUGCCGCACUGACUCUCUGGUGCUUUUUGUCACAAGAAGUGAUGUGGAGUGGACUUGCUGGGUAAAGUGCAGGUGUCAGGGAGGGAAAGGUGGAGGUUGGGGGACACAACACACCCGAGUUAGGGAGCUGGCCCCACAGCGCUCUCUGCUGGACGCACGACCUUGGGCACAUCAGUGGACCCCUCUGAGCAGCUCUUCCUUCCUGUCCAAGGAAGUGAGCUCUCCUUUCCUGUAUACAACGUUGUUGAAGGGGCCCAAGGUGGUAGGGGUGGUGACAGCUCCAGAGAGAUGAGGGAGUCCAAGGAUUCUUCUUGCUGACCACUGCCCCCCCUGAACCCACUCUGCCCUUGGUUCUAAGACCCCCCUGUUUGGGUCCACCUCCCUGUCCAUCUGUACCUUUCAGUCCCUCUGCAGUUCACUGUCCUCUCCCAGCCAUUGGAUGUGGCUGUUCCCUGAGACUUCUCUUCUCACUGCAAUUUCCCUCUGUGGCCUCAACUACACCCUUAUAACUGUAGUCACCAGGCUUACCUCUGAGGACAUUACUCACAGAAUGGUACCUGGAGCCCAGGCCCCUUCUGGGAGCUUUCCACUCACUGCUGCCUGCACGGCACCUCCACCUGGGUGUUUCCAAGAUAUCUCACCUUAGCAUGUCCACAGCUAUGCCCUCGACCUUCUCCCUGUACCUGCUUCUCUCCCAGGGUUCUCCUCCUCAGGCAACAGCCCACCAUUGGCUUCAAAGGCCGAGGGUCCAUCUUGGCACCUCCCUUUUGCCGGCCCCUGGUGACCAACCCUUCUCAAGUCCUAGCUCCCACAUAUAUGCACCGUCUGCUCGAUUCUCUCCACCUGCCCUGUCAUCAUUCGGCCCCCUGCCAUCCCCCAUGUGGGACAAUUGAAGCAGCUUCUUGACAGCUCUCUGAAUUCCCCCCUUGCCUCUCUGCACACAGUAGCCGCAGUGGGCUGUGCAAAAUGCAAACCUGUCAUGUCACACAUGGAGGAAAUCCCUUUUCAAGUGGCCACAGGCCCUGUGUGAUCAGUGCCGACUUGCCCCUCCAGCUUCCUCCCCGCCACACUCCUCUCACCGCCUCACCCUGGCCCUCCUGGGUUCUCCUUUUCAUUUGCUUAUCUCACUGCUCCUUCCAGCUCCCUGGACAAGCACAGAGCUAUUUCCCUGACUUAAAUUACUCUUGCCUUUUCGGCCAUGGGACCUCAGCUGCAAUAUCACUUCUUGAGGAAGUCUUCCUUGGCCCUCCCAACUAGGGAGGGUCUCUGACACCCCAGAACUGUCCUCAAAGCCAUUUGGCGUGGGUCACAAUUAACUGUCAGCUGUGUGACAGAUUUCCUGGCCCCCGUCUGUCUCCCCCUCUGUCUGUUGGCCCUUGUAUGUCUAGCCUGUAGAAGAGUGUCUGGCACACUGUAGGAGCUUUCAGCAGGUUAUCUGCCAAUGCACCUGAAGCAUGGUUUGCCCCAGCGGCCCUCAGAGAUGCUCAGUGCUCAGUGUCUUGGCUGGAUUCCUUCUGGAAGCCCCAGAAUUCCCUCCUCGGAAGUCUUCCCCGGACUCUGAGGCAGGUGGGUCUCUAACUAUGGCCAGGUAGUGGAGGCAGAAAAUUGGUCUGCUGAUCACACUCUCCCCUGCUCAGGGCUCCAACCCAAGGUGCCCACGUGCCACCUGCUGCUGCAGGGACCUCCUUCAGGUCUGUCUCUGAGCUGCCCCCACCCUUCUGGAGGCUUCCUGGAGUCUCUACUAGCUGCAGAAGUGGGGCGCUUGCUGCUAGAGGAGGAGCAUCUGUGGUGGGUCCCCAAAUCCAUGUUCUGUGUUACCAUCAUGUUCCAAUAAAGCUAU